AUGGUGGUCCCGCGAAGCGCGGAGCAGGCGGUGAAUCAGGGGCUGGAGCUGUACAAGAAAGGGCGGGUUCGCGACGCGCUGAGGCGGUUCGAGAUGGCUCUCGAGAUGAAACCGUCUGAGGAAGAGGCGCAGGCGGCGCUCUACAAUAAGGCGUGCUGCCAUGCUUUCAGGGAGGAGGGCGCGCAGGCGCAGGAGGCGCUGCGCGACGCUCUGCGGUACGGGCUGCAGUUCAGCGUGAUUCUCAGCGACCCGGACAUGGCGGCGUUCCGCGCCAUGCCUGAAUUUAGAGCUCUUCAAGAGGAGGCAAGGAAGGGCGGCGAGGAAGUGGGCGGCAAGUUUCGGCGGGACUUGAAGUUGAUAGCAGAGGUGCAGGCGCCGUUCAGAGGCGUGAGGAGGUUCCUGUACGUGGCGCUGGGCAUGGCUGCUGGCAUCGCCACCGUCAUCACCAUCCCGCGGUUCAUCCUGGCCGUCCAAGGAGGGGUGGAUGCCCCGGAUCUGCUCACCACUGGUGGCAACCUGGCCAUUGAUCUGGGAGGCGGGGCGGCGAUGGUGGGGCUGUACCUAUGGGAGCAGCGGCGUGAGGAGGAGCAGAUGGGACGCGUGUCACGUGACGAGACGCUCUCCCGCCUGCCUCUCCGGUUGCAGUCGGGCAAGGUGGUGGAGCUGGUGCAGCUCAGAGGAACAACGCGCCCGGUGAGUGAGAGAAGGGAAGCGGUUGCUUGGGUGGGGGUGUUCAGGCUCCUCUGCGUGCCCCUCAGGCUGCAGUCGGGCAAUGAGUCGCAGUCGGCUGCAGUCGGCCAAGGUGGUGGAGCUGGUGCAGCUGAGCUGAGGAGAACCACACGGCUGUCGAGCAAGGUGGUGGAGCUGGUGCAGCUCAGGGGAACCAUGCGCCUAGUGAGGAACCAGCUCGGGGACUGGAGCUGCAGUCCCAGCGUGGGGACUGGAGCUGCAGUCCCAGCGUGGGGACUGGAGCUGCAGUCCCAGCGUGGGGACUGGAGCUGCAGUCCCAGCGUGGGGACUGGAGCUGCAGUCCCAGCUUGGGGACUGGAGCUGCAGUCCCAGCGUGGGGACUGGAGCUGCAGUCCCAGCGUGGGGACUGGAGCUGCAGUCCCAGCGUGGGGACUGGAGCUGCAGUCCCAGCUUGGGGACUGGAGCUGCAGUCCCAGCGUGGGGACUGGAGCUGCAGUCCCAGCUUGGGGACUGGAGCUGCAGUCCCAGUGUGGGGACUGGAGCUGCAGUCCCAGCGUGGGGACUGGAGCUGCAGUCCCAGUGUGGGGACUGGAGCUGCAGUCCCAGCGUGGGGACUGGAGCUGCAGUCCCAGCUUGGGGACUGGAGCUGCAGUCCCAGCGUGGGGACUGGAGCUGCAGUCCCAGCGCGAUGAAGCGCGCGGAGGAGAGUCACUUAUGAGAAUUCUUGAUCGUGCUGUGUGCGUGCAGGUGAUUCUGUCGGGGCGAAAGGAGGCGGUGCAGCAGGCAAUGAAGCGUGCAGAGGGGUACCGCAAGCAGCUGCAGGAGCGGGGGGUGCUGCUGGUGCCCGUGCUGCAGAGCAAGGGCGGAGGGGUGCUGGCAGAGAGCAAGAAGAAGGGCUUUGCUGCCGUGAAGAAGCCUGCUGCCACUCUGGAGUCGCUGGAGGAGUUUGAGGAGAAGGCGAGGGAGGCGGCGGCAAAGAGAGUGGCGGAGGCGGACCGACGACUCAAGGCUGAAGUGGUGUCGCCGGGGGAGUGGGACCAAUGGGUGCGGUCACAGCAGAAGGCGGAGAAGGUAGCGGAGGGCACUGAUGCCUUCAUCGUUCUGCGGCUGGACGGCCGAGUGCGCAAGUCAGGCACGGGCAUGCCUGACUGGGCGGAUCUUAUCAACGAGCUGCCUCCUCUCGACAGCCUAGUCAGCAAGCUUGAGCGCUGA